AUGGGUGUUGAGGAAGAACGUUUUUUGGUUUUGAGAAAUGAAGAAAGUCUGUUUGAUCCAGAGUGGAUACCAGAAAUCAAAGAUAUUCCCGAUGGUUUAGUUGUUCGUCCUCUCUAUUCAAAUGAUUAUGAAAAUGGAUUUUUACAAGUUCUCGAACAACUCACAACUGUUGGAAACGUUGACAAUCAACAAUUUAUUGAUCGAUUCCAAUCAAUGAAAUCUUCCCAAAGUUAUUAUGUUGUUGUCAUUGAAGAUGAAGAGUGAGUUACGCUUUUUACGAUAUGAAAUUAGAAAAUAACAUUUGUUCCAAAUUUUUAUCUAUUUCGAAAUAAUUGCAAUUCUCUUGUCAAUUUCAUUUUUUUCAGACUUCAUCAAGUCAUUGCUGCUGCAACUUUAGUUAUCGAACAGAAAUUCAUUCAUAACACCGGAUCUCGUGGAAGAGUUGAAGAUGUUGUUGUCGACAAACAAUGGAGAGGAAUGAAACUAGGAGCAAUUCUCAAUAAUGUUCUUGUUGAAAUGGCAAAAAAUGUACGCAUAGGGAUUUUUGAGAUACCAUUGUUUGAAUCUGUGAAUUUUAUCAGCUUAUAUUUUCUUUAUUUAUCAAAUUUUCAGCUAAAUGUCUACAAACUAUCACUCGAGUGCAAAGAUAAUCUUAUGCCAUUUUAUUCAAGAUUCGGUUAUAAAGAAGAUGUUAAAUUCAUGGUUCAACGUUUUGACAAACAUUAA